CAAUUAUCGCCAGAUUGGCCGCUUCACCUCGACAGCCACGCCACCACCACUGCGGGUCUGCGGCAGUCGGCACAUGGAGCUCCUGCGGGACAGCAUCUCCAUGGUGUCCCUGGCUGUCCUGGUGACCGCGGUGUGCGCGCGCGCCGCGUCCUCGUGGCUCCGCCCCGGUCUCCCUCGCCUGGCGUCGUUGCUCCCGAUGGUCGCCUUUCUUGCCGCGGCUCCCCUGGCUUUCUCCUCUGCAAUCAUCCGGGGACUUGCAGGCUUCUUCCUCGGGUGGCUCGGCGUGUUCAAGGUCGUCCUCCUGGCCGUCGGCCGCGGCCCGCUUGACCCCGCCCUCCCCGUUCUCCCGUUCGUCUUCACCACAGCGCUUCCCGUUAAGCUCAGAUGCAGCAGCACCGGCGCUGCAGCAGCGUGCAGGGCCAAAUCGGUCUCCCUCGUCUCGUGCGCGGUCAAGGUCGCGGUCAUAGCCGCCAUCCUCCAUGUGUACCAGUACACGGACCAGCUGCAUCUCUACACUCGCCUCGCUCUGUACAGCGUCCACAUCUACUGCUUCUUGGACUUCCUCCUCCCGUGCAUCGCGGCGGCUGGCGGCGCCCUCGGCAUGGAUAUGGAGCCGCAGUUCGACAAGCCGUACCUGGCGUCGUCCCUACGCGACUUCUGGGGCCGGCGGUGGAACCUCGUGGUGUCGGACAUCCUCCGGCCGUCUGUCUACGGCCCCGUGCGCGCGCGCGCCGGGAAGGCACCGGCCGUCCUGGCCACGUUCCUCGUGUCCGGGCUGAUGCACGAGGUCAUGAUUUACUACCUCACCCUGCGAUCACCCACCGGUGAGAUGACGGCCUUCUUCCUGCUCCAUGGCGUCUGCUGUAUUGCCGAGGAGUCGUGCGCGCGGCGGUGGAUGCAGUGGGGUUGGAGGCCGCCGCCGCGACCCGUGGCUACGCUGCUCGUGGUGGUGUUCGUGGCCGGCACCGCAUUCUGGCUCUUCUUCCCGCAAAUUUGCAGGGAAGGAAUGGAGGAGUUACUGCUCGAGGAGUGGGCAGCGGUAGGGGCGUUCUUCAACGACGCCGCCCGAAAGCUGCUCCAGAUGUUCACGUGAAGACUUGAAAGUCGGCAGUCGGCACCAGCAGACUCGUUCCAAUCCUCUAGAGAUAAUUAGUAGCUAUGGUUUUAGCUGUGUUCACAGAGCUAACAACAAUAGCAAUAGCUAUUUGAGAAACAUAUAGUGUGUUUGGUUUGAGAAACGAAGUGGUGUAUCUCUUUCUCACUUUUCACUUUUUUAUUUGGUUUGUGAAUUUUAUUUGGUUUGUGAAAUAGAAUAAAUUGAUCCAUC